UCCACAGGAAACUCAAGAGGAGCUACUCGAGGUGUGAGCUCGAGCUGACGAACAGCGAGCGGUGAUGGCAGCGAUUGCAGGGCUCCAGGGCUCCAUGGCUUCCCUCUCUCUUGCUCCCACUUCCUUCUUCGGAGAGAGCUUUCUCCCCCAUCUCUCUCUACCGGUUAAAUUUGCUGACAGAUCAUGCCCAAUAGUUAUGAAGCUUAAGAGAUGGGAGAGAAAGGAGUGCAAACCCAACAGUCUUCCAGUACUGCAUAAAAUGCACGUUAAAGUGGGGGACACUGUAAAAAUCAUUGCAGGAGAUGACAAAGGUAAAAUAGGAGAAAUUACUCGAAUAUUUCGCCAUAACAGCAAGAUUGUCGUAAAAGACAUCAACAUUCAGACAAAGCACAUGAAGAGCAAAGAGCAGGGUGAGCCUGGGAGUAUUGUGAAGAUUGAGGCUCCCAUUCAUAGCUCGAAUGUUAUGUUGUAUUCAAAAGAGGAAAAAGUGGCGAGCAGAGUGGGGCACAAGGUUUUAGAGGAUGGAAGCAAAGUGCGGUACCUCAUCAAGACUGGAGAAAUAGUUGACAGUCCGGAGAACUGGCAGAAGUUUAUUAAAGAUGUGAAAAAGGAAAAAGAAGCAAAAGCUGCUUGAAAUUUUGCAGCGAGGUGAUUACGCUCUAAUCCUUGAGGUGUGACUCAAGAGCAACUCAGGAUUAGACAUCUUUGAUAAUUGUUAUAU